AUGGCCGCCGUCACAAGAGUUUGCAAGAAGUGCAACAACACAAUUUUAGAGGCUCAUGCUUACGAGCUUGGAGACGACCGCUGGCAUACCAACUGCUUCAAAUGUCUGGAGUGCGACCUGCUGCUUGGAUGCAACUCCAACUUUUUAGUUUUGGGGGAUGGCAACUUGAUCUGCUCUAAUUGCACCUACAAUUGCAAGCAAUGUGGAAAGAAAAUCGACGACUUGGCCAUUUUGACGGGUGACCAGGCAUACUGUUCCAACUGCUUCAAAUGCCGCGUUUGCAAGCUGAAGAUCGAAGACUUGCGUUACGCUAGAACACUGAAGGGUUUGUUUUGUAUGUCAUGCCACGAGAAGCUCGUAGCCAAAAAGAAGAAGUUCGACAUGAAACGCCGUCAGAUGGCCCAACUUGAACUGCUGCUGCGACCCACCCCGGACCCCGAUUUCAAGGGCCAAAAUGGACAUAAUGGCAAUGUAUCUGCCAACACAUCUGCCGUCAAUACCAGUGGUAUCAGCACUAGCACUGCCAGCCCCGGCUUUAAUGGCUCAGCUCUGAGCCCCAUGGCCUCUGUCUCGCUGCUUCCUUCGGAUAUGUACCUGGUGACCAACAUUAGUCUGGCCUCAUUGUUGAACAAGCAAUUGCCUCCACAGCCUGUUUCUCUGGGCAUGGUACAAGUUGCCAGCAUGGAUACGCCUAUCAUCGGCUCCAACGCGUCAAUCUUAUCGAGCCAUCUGACCUCCAAAGCAUCUGUCUUCGACGAAGGUUACUUAUCUCCACUGACGCCGGCACAGAACACAGUGCCAGGAGCAUUCCCUUCGUCGGCACAGGCUUCAGCCUACUCGGUUCCUUCUAUACAUACCGCCCACUCAACUCAGUCUGUCACUCCUUCUAUGCUGUCCUCCACACAUGACUCCACGACAAACGCAUCCGCGGCAGACAUUGAGGAGGUGAACGACUCUGAUGACGAACUCAAUCUCCGUCGCAUGCGCGAGAAGUUGGAACGUCGUUUUGACCGCGUUGCCAACAAGGACCCCAAAGACUCGAAAGACUCCAAGGACGAUGGUGCCAUAUUGGAUCUCAUUGAUUCAUUUAGUGGACCUAACACCCCGAAUACAAUCUACACGGCUACUGAUCCAGUGGACUCGUCUCUGGCUUUUUCGGUGAGAGUGGAUUCAGAGCCUGCCAAGAAGCCAAUUUCACUCAAGGAGUCCGAGUCCGACAAAACUAAGCUCAAUGCUACCUCCUCCCUUGAUCCAGGCUCGCCUCAAAAGAAUAUCCUCCUUUUAUCCCCCAACCAAUUCCAUGAUCGAGAAUUCCACAAGGCCAAUUCUGUUGCGUCUGAGAUUCAUUCACAAUCCCUUUCUGCUGAAGAUGUCAACCGUCCACGUUCCGCGGCUUCCUCUCCAAUGGCCAAGGCCAAUCGCCAGGCCAGAGUUAUGGAGAUGAAUGACGAGAUCCCCACUAGUGAGAUUUCAACAGACAGUAUUGCAGAGACAAAUCCUUCGUUCAAAACUUACACAGAAACCUCUGCUUCAUUAGAGAAUGGUGCCUCGAACACAUUUUCACAAGCUACUCCCAACGGAAUUGCUCAGUCUCCAUUGUAUGAUAAACAAGGGGACACCUUCCAACCACUCAGCACUCCCAAGAAGUCAUCAGGUGUGGUUCAUCAGAUCUCGUCGCCUCCUCCACGUCUUGCCUUACCUGAGGUACCAUCUACGCCGCAACUGAAGGUUUCACGCGACACUUUCGAACCAAAGGGUCUUGGUCUUGAAGGUGUGGAGCUUCUGCGUCCAAGUCGAAACAUCCCAUCGACCCCAGCUGUCACAAACUUGGAGGACACCAUUGAUGAGGAUUUCCAUGAUGAAGAUGCUCAAACUUUAGGUCGGAAACUGACAACCUCUAGAAGAAAGAUUCUGUUAAAGCAUAAGCGUUCCACGUCCGGAGGCCUGAGCUUCAGCGGGAAGUUUGGCUUUUUCAAGACCAAGGAGGAUGACUCCAAGGGCCAUGUGCGUCGUGUGCUGGAUGGCUCAGUCCAAGGUCUGGCAUUUACUACUCCACCAUUGCCAUUUAGCUCCCCGCUCCGUCAAGGUACUUUCCGCGAUAAUCAUGCUAGAUCCACCUCUGAUACACAAUUCAUUACUCACCCUGAUACUGAGGUCUAUAAGAAUGAGUUGGAAUUGAGAUCUUUGAGAACUGAAAUUUACCAGCUUGAGAACCGCAGACAAAACUUGUUGGCAGAUAAUAUGAAAUACAGUUCUGACAAGAAUAGGAUCCAAGAAGCCAUUAAAGCACUUCAAAAGAGACUCCAGUCGGAUACACAAACUCACGAGGAGUUGUCACAGAAGCUCAAGGAAUUGGACGGCACAAGGAAAUCCCUCAUUGAGGAGAAUGAGCGCCUUGUUGAACAGAAUGAGCGCCUCACCGAACAGAAUAACCAGCUCAAACAACAGAUAUCCGCAUCUCAUUACAACAAUGCUCGCGUUUCUAAUGCUGCCAAUAGGCCAGACAAGGAUGUUCACCAGCGGACAGAUUCUUGGGGCGACACCUUAGACACCGAGAUUCUGGAGGAGAACAUGGAAGCCCAGAAGGCCACCAGACUUAAAUUCUGGCGUAGACCCAAAGCUACCUUGGCUCCUCACUUGGUUAAUACACACGCAGUAUCAAGUCCUCAGCUGCUGGCAGCCCACGGAUAUGGAGGAAAUUCUAGUGCUGGAGCUAACGGAUCUCAGAAUUCUGGAGCCAAUAAGUUGAGUCAAUCGUACUCUUCCAAUGCACUUCAAAUCCCGAACGCACAAAAUGAUGAAGGUGGUACUCGAAAGGCUUUGAAUUCCUUCAUGAGCAAGUCCAGAUCUACAACCAUCUUGGACUCGUUUACUAAUGGCUCAUCCAACGGGCUGGACGUUCCCUUGUUCUCGUCUACCAUCCAAAGAAGAGCGAAUUUUGAGAAUGAGAGAGUUCCGCUAAUAGUUACAAAGUGCAUUGAAGAAGUCGAAAAGCGUGGAUUGGAUAUGGAAGGUAUUUACAGGUUAUCAGGAGGCAGCUCAGCUGUUACUGCUAUCGAGAAUGCAUUUGCGUCGCUCUCUGGAAAUCCAUCGCAAGACAAGAAGCAGAUGAAUAAGUUGAACGAGGUGAUGACAGGGGAUAUCAAUGCAGUGACCAGCGCAUUAAAGCGAUAUUUCAGAAAGCUACCAGAUCCAUUGAUUCCAUAUGCGUUGUAUGAGAACUUCAUCAAAGUGGGCCAGAACACCAAUUCUAGUGUUGCAGAAAGGUGUGACGAGCUCAUCAACAGAGUGCUCAUCCGGUUACCACCGGCAAACCGUCAUGCCUUGUACUUACUUGGAAAGCACCUUGAGGGUGUCAACAAGUAUAAUAACGUGAACAGAAUGAAUUUCAAAAACCUCUCGGUGGUGUUUGCACCAACGCUUGCCCGAGAUGCUUCCGGAGACCGUGAGAUGACUGACAUGGGAGCACGUAAUGAGGCCACCGAAUUCCUCUUGUCCAACUUUGCAACAGUACUGGCAGGCUACGAGGGCUAA